UGAACACUUUCAGGGAUGGGGCAUCCACAACUUCUCUGUGCAACCUGUUCCAGUAAUUUGAUUUAAUAAUCUAAAACUUCACCUAGUCUAAAACUCAGCUUCUAACAUUAUUAUUUAAAGCCGAAAUUAACAAUUAAAUUUCAGCCUCAGGAAUUUGGUGCAAGUAUUUGGUGGUAAUGUUCUUGUCAUCUGCAGGGUUGGUUUUUUUUGGAAAUCCUGACAAAUGGCGCCUCCAUGUAUUAUGGGAGAUUUUGUAGUGUGUGCAUGACCGUACUGACCCUGCUUGCAUGCAAGACCAACUCUUUCUUUACCUGUAGGUCAGUUACACAGUAGCACCAAAGUUUACUGAGUAUUUUCGAAAGCUGAGACAAAAUAUGUAGCUUGGGUGAUCUUGCAUGUUAGUCACAAGGUGUAGUGAACAAGCCAAUGCUGUUUUGAGUAUUUCUUUGACAUGACAUUGCAAGACACAGGUAUACUUUUGUUCCUUAGUUCUUGAGACUUUUUUCCAUGUUCCCUACCUCCUUACCUCUCAUGGUUUUCCCUCAAAAGAUAGUCAUAAAACAGGCACCUACACACUGCUGAGUUUAUAGACCUCGAAGGUGACAUGUAGUAGUAAGGUUUGAGGAUCCACAGAAAACCAUGUAUCAUAAUGGAAUGUGGAAAUAAGGAUAACAUCAGAGCAGGAUGCAAGAAGUGUGGCUACCCUGGUCAUCUGACAUUUGAAUGUCGAAACUUCCUCCGGGUAGAUCCGCAAAGAGAUAUUGUUUUAGAUGUUAGCAGCACUAGCAGUGAAGACAGUGAGGAAGAAGAACUACAGAGAUUGCAAGCCAUGCGUGAAAAAAAGAAUUUAAAUGAGGAAGAAGAAAAAAAGAAACAAAAACGAAAAAGCAAAGAAAAAACAAAGUUAAAAAGACCAAGGAAAAGAUCUUCCUCAUCAAGUGCAGCUGAAGAGGAUGGGCCAAAGUCAAAAAAACAAAAAUCACAUAAAAAAGAAAGGGAAAAGGAAAAAAAGAAUAAAUCUAAGAAAGGAAAACAUCAUAAAAAGGAAAAAAAGAAGAGGCGAAAGGAAAAAAGUUCAUCUUCUGAUAGUUCAGACAGUUCUAGUAGUGACUGAGAUGCUGGCCUAUUUUUGUGUUCACUUCUGCAGAGAUGAUUUUCCUUUCAAAUCAAAAUUAUUUAUGCUUUGCAAUGCUGUUGUUUUAAAAUGAUAUAUAUAUUCCUAAGAAAUCUGUUUGCAAAUAUCAGUGCUUCAAACUAUUAAAUAGACCUUUUGGGCAAAAGUCUAUUCUUCUGUUUAAAGACAUGCAAGUCUGAUUAGUUCUCCAUUCUAAGUUCAGUUGUGAUUACUUGUGUUUGGAAUCUUUUACAGUAGAAUAUGAUAAACUUCAGUUUGCAAGUCUUUGUGUAGAAAUAUUUGGAUUUAAAUAUAUGUACUGUCAGAAUGGCUAAAUCAAAUUUGGAAAUUCAAAUGAGAUUUUCUAUUGUGUUAUCAUUUAAAUAAAUGUAUGUUUUUCAGAACAUUUUCUGCUUACAUACUUUAAUCAGUAAGUGCAAAUAUGAAAUAGUAUUUGGGUCCAGAGAAGGGAAGAACAGGCAGUGAGAAACUAGAAGAGAUUGCUGCAUCAAAAUUAUCUUCUAAAAUUGAUCUAGUCAUAGACUGUGAAACACAAUUCCACAUUCUUUUGGCAGGAUCACUGUAAGCAAGCUGAAAACAAAAGCAAACAAAAGCUAUUGUUCUAUAAUUCUAUUAAUUUUUCAGAGUCCUUUCUGCCGAGGUUUUGUUCUUUUGCAAUUAUGGCCAUUUCAUCUUAAGCAUAGAUAUUAAGUGCCACUUCCUAACACUAGAUGUCUGUCCAGAAAGAUUGUUUACAAAGUUCUAAGAACCAUGUUAUUACAGUAUGUGGUGAUUAAUACUUACAUGAAUCAAAGCAGGAAAUUAGAAGACUGUCAAGAAUUGUGAAACCUCCAUUCAUUCUAAUAAAACUCCCACUGAAAAGU